AUGUUGAAUGGUUCUCUUGACAACAAACAACGCUACAAAUACCAUGAUACUGCACAAGGAAUUGGCUUGGUGAUGCCAUGCGUCGUCAAGUCGAGACAACCAACAACAACUCGCUGCUGUGGACGUUAUGGAAAAACACUACUUCUUUGGACGGCCUUUUUGGUUAUUCUCGUUGUCAAAACGACGACUGCAGCUACAUUGCCAGGCACGAAAUGGCUGGAGCAUCGACUACGAAAGCUAGCUCGAGCACACAUUAUUGAAGCACCGUCAGAGCCCGCCACUUUGGAUGGAGCUCUUCCUGCUGGCGAACAUCAUCAUCAUCCAUCCGCAGAACAUGCGCUAUUGGUGGUGGCAACUCAUGAAGGACAAGUUUGGACCAUUGAUUCGACGGAUGGAAGUCUAGUAGCAGGUUUUUCUACUGGACCACCGCUCCUUGUGGUGGAUGAUCAAUUUGAACAAGCGACAAUGGACGGUGCCGCGUAUCCUGCCAUACCCGAGGGGUUGGCCCAAUCUCAAAUCGUUCCAAGCAUGGAUGGCAUUCUGUAUUGGAGACAACCCAUUGACAGUGGCGAUACCGGUACCACCAGCAAUCAGAAUAGCAAGCUAGUUCCCAUUGCAUCGAUUCGUGAUUUGGUGGACAACCCAAUUCAAAUGUGUCAGGAAAUUGAUGGAGGGAACUGCGACAUUUUGACGGCAACCUCUUUGGGUCCAUCUCUCUUCUCGUUGAAUUCCCAAGGAAGUCUGAAUUGGGCAAGAUCUAGAUCUACCACAACCAGAGUCAAACCUGUGCCGAUGCAACGAAAACCAAGUGAAAACGGAAGUGAAGACACGGAUGACGACGACGACGACAGUGAAAGCAGCAGCGAUAGCAACAGUAGCACCAGCAAGACGAAUUUACUGCUGCAACGACAAGAUUACUUAGUGCAACAAAUAUCGACGGAAACGGGCGAACAAGUCUGGAAUAUUACAUGGGGAAAUCUGGAAUCGCUGGACUUUGUGGGGGACGAACAAGGCGACGCUGGGGCGGCGACAACAAGUUCCAGAAGAAGUAGAAGACGCGACCACCAAUCCUUUCACCUGCUGCCGUCGGAUGAGCCAGUCUCGUCAUCGUCGGAUUUGCCGUCUCUUGUCUUUGGCAAUCACGGCAAGAGUCUUGUGGCUCUGUGGACGGAACCUCCCAAGUUUCUCUGGAAACGGGAUUUUAUCAGCGUCAUUACCAAAGUCUUUGGCAUUGAACGGGACAACUGGCAAUCGGUGAACGUCGUGGCCGAGAUUGAUGAUAUGAAUGACGGGUCCGAAAAGCAACAGUGGUACAGUAGUCGGGAAAUAUUGCAGCCACUGCUAGGCCUACCGGACCGUGAAGAGACUCAGACAGAAAAGGAUGCUUUCAGGUACUGGUGGUGGGCCGGAGGGGGCAAGGGCAUGGGGAAGGACAAGCCAUUCAGGGAUAUAGAAAAAUUCGUUGUUCAGCCACAACAAGAGAAUGGUUUGAUCUUUGUGCCCAGACCGCCUGCACACAGUUUGGUCCGCAAUUCCUGGUUCUUGAAUCAUUUGUGGGAUUCUCCACAGGCAAGAGGAGCCCAGAGCUUUCAGGGGUUCUUGGCCGCAGAAGCGCACAACGACAAGAAGCAGACGGAAAAGGAAAAGCCGAGCCAGCCAACAGCAAAGCCCGCACAACGAAAGGAGGAGUACCAAAUACCUCAUCUUCAGAUGAUGGAACAAUCUUAUGAUACAAGCAACAUGCCACGAUUGCUUCUGCUGCCUCCAGCAGAGCACCCGUUGCCGUCACCUGCGACUUCGGGCGGACUAUUCCUGUCCUGGCCUCUUGUGGUUGCAAUUAUCACUGCUCUGGUUGGAACGGCGGGUGCCGCUUUUGUUGUCUACGGAGAGAAGAAGAAAAAAUGGAUGGCCACGUCUGCGAGCCCGGAUGGCUCAGGCAAUAACACCUCCGGAAGCCAAGGUGUGUCGGACUUGACCGCGGACACCCUUUCGCUCUCUGCGACGAGGACUCGGAGCUUGAGUGUUACGGCAGCCGAUCGAAGCCUCUCUCGUUCCAAGGAUCAGUCACGCAGCAAUUUGAGCGGUAGUGACAAAGGUGCAGCAGGACUUGUCCCUUUUGAGAAGGCUCCUAGACACACUCUAAAUCGAAGCUGCAGCGCUCCAAUAAUGACCAGCGACGCUAUUGUAUCAUUCUCUGGAUUGGCAAAGACCAACCUGAUGAGCCAAACAAACCACGGAACGGAAAUGUCGGGAAACAUACAAUCGUCGAAUCCAGCCGAAAAGGAAGCUCCUCCGUCUCCUACGGAUGUUGCCAAGGGACCGCUUGUCAAACAUCGAUCUGCACCAAUAGAAAUGCCUUCAGUUGUGCCACAGGGUAUCGGAAUGAUUGAUGGAAUCCCUUUGAUUCGAUAUUCUAGAUACCAAGCAGAGUUUCGCGAAAUCGAACCACUUGGGAGGGGAGGAUUCGGCUCUGUCUUUAGGGUCGCCAAUGUCCUGGAUGGCCGCGAAUACGCUGUAAAGAAAGUGUCAAUACGGUCAAGUGACUGGAAUUCACCAGGCACCGAAGCGUUCUCGCAAGAAUUGCAUCGCGUGCUGCGAGAAGUCAAGUUCUUGGCUCUUCUGGACCACCCAAACGUUGUCCGCUAUUACACGGCAUGGCUGGAAAUGGAAGAAAAUGAGCAUUUGCCCAGUGGCGAGGAAAGCGUAAGCAACGCGAAUACCAACACUCUUUCUCGCCGCCUCUCCAGCGAGCUCUUGACAGGUUUAGAUCCAACGAAUGAAGAGAAUGCGCAAAGCCAAACCACAUCAUCUUUCCUAGGCAACAGAAAUUCGACGAGCACAAGCAAAGCCAUACUCAGCCAUCUGAAACCAAAAAAGAAGGCCAAUCCACUCGGUUGGAAUAACACGUUUGGCUUUGAGGACAGUUCAAUGUCAGCUUUCCACCCGCGCUACGCCAUGCCCAUUGUUCCGGAUUCGGAGGAUUGCGGUUUCAUUUUUGAGGAGAGAAGCGACGAAGGGGAAGCAGAAGAGGAGCAAGACGAAAAUUUCCACCGAAACCACAACAUGAAUUCGUUUGGAGGACACUCUGUCACUUCCUCUGAAUACUCCAAGUCAGAGCAUUCUCAUUCUGUAUCUAGCUCUUGGGAUGCUUCGUACAGCCUCAAUAGACGACAGAAGAUUGCCGCCUCUACGGAAGGUGCCACAGACGAAGAAAAGAAGAGCGCACCGGAAGCGGCUGAUCGACAACGAAGAAACAGCAAGACAUCGAAACACACACUGUAUAUCCAGAUGCAGCUAUGCAGCCCAGAGACGCUAGGCGAUUUCUUGACCAACAAGGAAGCCCGACAGGGACAUGCGCUUACUGUUAGCGGAUCAGAGGCAGUAGAUAUUCCACUGGCUCUGCGGCUUUUUCUUCAGAUUGUGGAAGCAGUGCAUCACGUGCAUCAACGAAAUCUUAUUCACAGAGACCUGAAGCCCAGCAACUGCUUCAUCGACGAAAUGGGAACAGUUAAGGUGGGAGAUUUUGGCUUGAGUCGCGAAUCGAACGACAACGACAACAGCGCGAACUCUUCGUUGAUUCUGGACGCGCAGCAGGACACCCAAUGCGCCGGUGACAACACUGUAGGAGUGGGAACUCGUUCCUAUGCGAGUCCUGAGCAGAUGAAUGGCUCUGACUACGAUGCCAAGACUGAUAUCUUUGCGUUGGGAAUGAUGCUCUUCGAGCUCCUGUAUCCAAUGUACACGGGAAUGGAGCGACAUAUUUGUUUCCAAAAACUACGUUCGGAUUGUACCUUUCCCGAAGGUUGGCAAUCUAGUGUCUGUUCCACGUUCCCAAGCUUGGACCAGCUUGUUCGGUCUAUGCUGUGUUUGAAACCAAGAGAUCGACCUACAGCCGACAAAGUGGCGCGGCAUAUCCAAGGACUGAUCGAAGAGCACAGCGUGACUCUCAACAUUAGUCGCCAUGAACACGACAUUGAGAAUCUCAUUUUUUUUCGAGUUGAAGCGAGGCCAGUUCCCGACGUUUUGAAGGUUGUUAUCGACCUGAUCCACGGUGCAACUGCCCCAGAAACCGUAGAGGUUGUGCAGUACGGCAUGCGGAGUGGGACGAAAAAGAGCUCUGACGAAAAGCAACAGAAGAGAGCUAUACUCGAGUUUGCUCUAGCUCUGUCGAACAGCGAUGCCAGCGUAUCUGCGACAAGGGGAUCCCUUCUGGCGACCAAACUGGAAGAGCACGAUGACAUUCUAGUCGCCCGACACGUGUGGCACCAAACCACGCUUGCCAAUUGGGCCAGUCGUUCAGUAUGA